AUGUCAUUCUCACGUGCACUGUCCGCGACAAGUGCCUGCAAACUGGGCCACUCACGCCUAGCUGUUCAGCACGGCGCCAUCACCUUGGCCAACUCCAUUUCGACACGCUCACAUAGCACCAGCUCAACCGAUCCCAUCGGAUCUGCCUUAGCCGGUGCGCGCAGAGACUCUCCCACGCCCGAGAAGACGCGCCAGCAUGCUCCCAAGGCUGGGACCCGACGGCCACGCCCGAUGCGGCAGAGGAGGCGUCCCUCGCCCGACGACGGUGACGCCGCCAUCGCCAUCUUCAACGACGUUGUGAGUGACGGUACUCAUGACGUCGAUCCACCAGAUCUCGAGGAAUACUCGAGGCCCAGCCGCAACACCCCGCUCGGUACGAAUGAAUGGCAGCUCACGGCGCGCAUCGACCAAGCCAUGAAAUCCAAUGCCCCCGUCAGCCAGCGUCUGGACCACUUUGAGUCACAGCUCCUCCCAGAACUCCGGGUCCUGGGGUUGCCAUUGCCCCGGGAUCUCUUCAUCGUGACGCGCCAGUUUCUGGGCAGCGCCCGGCGCGAGCUUGUCGGCAGAGCAGUGCCUUUGCCAGGCAUCUGUCUGCGCGUCGCGAAUUUGGUGGAUGCCACGGGCAUGGGCGUCUACAUGAAGGCCGCUCUCAUAGCCACACUGUGCAAUCACCUCAGACACCUGCGGCACAAGCCGCAAAGAAGGAGCAUGUUUCUGGAGAUACUGGAGAUCUGGAAGAGCAUUUCCCAGGCACGCCCGGGUCGAGACAAGGCGCAGACCACGACAUGGAUGCUCCCUGACUUGGAGGAGAUCCAGGAGAGGAGGAAGUCCAUGCUGAAUGAGCGCGCCGAGGGAGCUGCAAGGACAGAAGCUUGCCUGGGCGCCAUUCUCCCUCAGUACUCCCAAACGCAGCUGCAGUCUGUCAUCCCGGCUCUCCUGGUCACGCUUGUCACCAUCACGAAUCCAAAAAUUGUCCAUGCGUCGUGGGUGCCCGAGGCUAUCCCCCUGCUCCGGAUCGCAGCCGCCGCCCUGGACGGAUGCACCAUGCCCGAGGACUAUAUCCAGGAGGUCUUUGGGACCGGCAGUCUCCUCGUUCCCGAUUACAAGGCUUCUGCUCUGGCCACCAUCGUCCGAACAGAUUGGCCCAUAACAGUCACGGUGCUCUCCCAGAACAAGACAAACUGGGAGUCCAACAACCCGCAGCUCGCCAUCUCGCACGCCGGCAUCGCCUCGACAAAGACCCUGACGCAUUUCCACAAGAUGGCCAGCCGGGCCCACUCGACAGGCAACAUUGGCGCCGUCAUGCUGAACUGGGAGAAGCUGCGUACAUGGAUUCGCGAGGAUCCCAGCCUGGCCGCGCAGAUCAGGAGUGAUCCCGAGUUCCUCGACUUCUGGUUCUUUGUCUUCUGCGCCAUCGGCCGGCCCGAGCGGGUGGCAGACGCGCAGGCCAUGAUGGAUGAGAUAGGGCUCAAGGCAACGAUCAAGACGUACACGGGCAUGAUGCACGGAUGGCGGUCUUCGCGAGAUCGUGGGCGGAUGAAUGCGCUGUGGGACAGUAUCAUCGAGGCAGGCAUCCCACUGGACACCACGGCAUGGACAGAGAGGAUCUCCGGCUUGAUUGAGCUGGGGGACCUGCAGGGCGGCAUCGCGGCCCUCGCCAAGAUGCAGGCCACGUGGGAGGAUGCGGUCAAGAGAGGCCAGCCGGAGACGGCCGUGAAGCCGACGAUUGACGUCUUCAACACAGCGUUCAGUCGCGUCAUCCGCUCCGACAGGCAGGCCGCCUUUCAGAUCCUCGAGUGGGCUGGCAAGCAAGGCAUACAGCCAGAUGUAUUCACGUACAAUGUCCUCCUUCGGGAGUGCUUCAAGGGGGAGAACCCGGCGAGGGAUCUGCCGGCCCUCCUCAAGGCCAUGAAGCAGCAAGGCAUCGAACCGGAUGCCUCGACUUUCACCAUUCUCUUGGACCACUCGCUGGGCACCAUCUCCCAAGCCUCGUCCGACGACAAGAUCAAGGCCGUCGAGCAUGCCUUUGCCGAAUUGCACGCGUCGGGCGUCAAGCCCAACCUCAUCGUCUUUGGCAAGAUGCUCCAUGCCGUCGCGUCCGACCAGAACAACUCGGACGCCGUCGUCGACUCGGUGCUCAAGCACAUGCACGCCGCUGGCAUCAAGCAGAUCAGCCCGCACAUGGCGCUCACCCUCGUCGACCGCAUGCUCAAGCGGCCACACACCACCGCGGAUCACGUCGAGGCCUUCCUUGUGCAGUACGGAUUCACGACGCGGGAGCUGGGGGACCAGAGCCUGUGGGAGAGCAUCGCCGGCGUGUACUCCUACCUCGGCGACACGCAGCGGGCCAUGGCCCUGUACGAUGAGUUGGCAAGGCGGCAUCGGCCCAUGACGACGCAGAGCAACCUGCUGUCGUUGCUCACAGCCUUGGUGGAGAAAAAGGAUGAACAGAGCGCGCGGAGGGUCGUCAGCCAGACGCUGGAGGUGUUCAAGGGUCUGAGCGCGGAGAGGCGAUGGGGUCAUCACUUUUGGCACGAGGCGUACAAGUACGGGCUGCUGGAUUGGGAGAGCGCACCGCUGGAACUGCGCAAGGUUCUCGACGCGCGGCGGGCCAAGACGGACGAGGCCGUCUCAUUGUCACCAUCACCAUCAUUAUCAUCAUCAUCAUAG